UUCUCCCCGAUGAUGAGACGUCAAAAUUUGUAGGUUAGGAAAGUAAUUUCAGUUGUUUUAUAAACUUGUCAAAAGUAAUUUUAAUUUUAUUAAGAGAUUGUAUUCUAAAUCACGAUGGAUUUAAACGAAAAGGAAAUUUCGAGUGAAAACAGUACAGAACCUGAAAUAGUACAAAAUGGAAAAAUUGAGGAAGCAACUGAAUUAGCUGAAGAAAAAGUUGGCAAAGAUGAAUGGGUGGAUUUGUUGGGAAGCGGUAGCAUAAUGAAAAAAAUUCUACAAGAAGGGAAACCAGAUACAAAACCACAACGACUGCAAAAAUGUUACGUUACUUACAAAUGCACUUUGGAAGAUGAUACUCUGGUCGAUUCAGUGGAAAACUUGGAAAUAUAUUUAGGAGAUUGUGAUGUGAUACAAGGUCUGGAUGUUGCAAUAGCCCUAAUGAAUGUAAAUGAAAGGUGCCUUUUGAAAAUAGCACCAAGAUUAGCCUACGGUAACAAAGGUCUACCAGAUAAGGUACCAGGUGAUGCCACAGUCGUUUAUGAGGUGGAACUAUUGUCUGUGGAUUAUGAGGAUGAACCAGAAAAUUUGCCUAUUAAGGAGAGAAAAAGGCUUGGUAACAAAAAGCGGGAGCGCGGCAACUGGUGGUACUGCCGCGGCGAGAACAACCUGGCCAUCCAGUGCUACCGGCGCGCGCUCAACUACCUGGACGAGGUCGAGGGCGGCGUCACGGCGCCCACCGCCUCCGGCGACCUCGAAGUCACCGACGCCGACCUGCAGAGCCUGCUUGAGGAUCGCGUCAGCGUGUGCAACAACAUGGCCGCCGCGCAGAUCAAGCUCGAGUCGUACGACGCGGCGCUGCUGUCGCUCAACACCGUGCUGCGCUGCCAGCCCAACAACGUCAAGGCGCUGUUCAGAAAAGCAAAGGUGCACCGAGGAAAAAACGAUCUAGCGGCUGCCAUGAAGUGCCUACAGAAGGCAAAAGAAAACGCGCCCAACGAUCAAGAUGUGCAGAAGGAGAUUAGCGUCGUUAAUUUGUUGAUGCAAAAACAAAAAGGCGUGGAAAAGGAGCUGGCCAGAAGAAUGUUCAGCGGACCCAAAAAAAAUGAAGAUGUCAAAAAAACUACCUCAAGUAAACUUCGUGUAUGGGCCACCGUGGGCACCGCUGUAGCAGUUGGUAUGGUUGGAAUGGUAGCUUACCGGUUUAAGUAUGCUUAAAUCAAACAAACCAAAAAGACUAAAAAGGAAUAAUACAUAGACAUUUCACUCAGUAGAUGGUGGCAUUUAUAUUUUUUUUAACUCGUAUGUUAUCCGGUAAAGUUUGGUUGGACUUUUGUGUUUGUAUAGUUAUUUUUUGUUCUUUAAGUUUUUAAUAUAAUUAUUUAAAAGU